UCGUAACUGAAACAUUCUAUCGUCGAUUCUGACAGUUUCAGAGCAAUCGGCAAAAAAAAAAUUUAAAUAUGCAUGAAACAUGCUGAUGCAUGCCUUAUUUGCAGAAAUAUGUAGCAGUUUACACAACAACUUAUUACGAUGUACAAGCAAAAAUUACUGCAGCUCUUCUUGUUCAUCAACAUUUUCGGCACUUCCGCAAUCUUUAACUCAUUAUCAUCGUUCAUUAAAUAUGGAGCAAUCAUCAAAGAGCUUGCAGGCACCAAUAAACGUGAUGAUCAUAAUAGAUUCAGAGGCAUUUGAUGACGAGGACAUUGAGCCAUCAGAAAAAGUUGUAGCUAUGCUGAAUGUCAUGAAAUCAGAGAAAUGUGAUUAUUAUAUAAUUCUCAUAAUUAAUGGAAUCCAAAUGAUUGGAUUAUUAAGGUUUGCUGAUUAUAAUCGUCUAUUUAACACGAAUGCAAAAUUCAUCAUGUUGCAUGAUUAUCGUCUAUUUACACCAAAGAAUCACUUUUUGUGGAAGAGAUUAAUUAAUGUUAUCUAUAUCAGGAAAAGCAGUCGCAUGGAUAAGAAGACGUUGUUAUAUGAGCUAUCAACAGUUCCAUUUCCGUCAACAAUAAGAGGAAUUUAUGUCUCAAAGAUUGUAAACUACUUUGUGCCGCCAAAUCGCUUUUUAAAGAAAACGGAACUGUUUGACGAUAAGAAAAGUCAGGAGAUUAAUGGGAAUCUUAUGAACAUUGUUGUCUAUUCUCACACGCCAGCAAUUAUAAAAGAUUAUAAUAACGAUGGAAAUAAGUCACAAGUUCAUUAUACUGGACUUGAAAUUGAGUUGAUAAAUGCGAUUGGACAGAAAAUGAAUUUUAAUUUAAAUUUUUAUGAGGCGAUUGACAGUGAAUUUGAAAAAUGGGGACAUAGAGUUGCUGAUGGAAAUUUUACCGGUUUAUUAGGAGAAAUGAAUGAAGCACGUGCAGACAUAGCUUUAGCAGAUUUAUAUCAUACAUUGUACAAUUUUGAAGUUAUGGACUUGUCAUAUCCGUACACAAUACAAUGUUUGACAUUUAUCACACCAGAAAUUUUGGGAGAUAAUUCCUGGAAAGCACUAAUACUUCCGUUUACACUGAAUAUGUGGAUUGGAGCAUUUUUGUCGCUAUUUUUUAUCAUUAUAGUAUUCUGGCUGUUUUCAAAUUGUUACAUUUUUAUAGAGAACGAAAAUUAUGUCCAAAAAGACUCAGCAACAGGAAAGAAAACUUUAGUAAAGGAUCUCUUUGAUGAUUUUUCAGCAUGCAUAAUGUAUCCAUAUUCAAUGAUUCUACUGGUUUCACUUCCAGCACUCCCAAAUCGAUGGUCUAUAAGAUUAUUAACUGGAUGGUGGUGGCUCUAUUGUGUUUUAUUGAUUGUUGCUUAUCGAGCAUCAUUAACAUCAAUUUUGGCAAAUCCACAGCCACGAUUAACUAUCGAUCAAUUAGCGACACUGGCGAAUAGUCGAAUAAAAUGCGGCGCGUGGGGUGAACAGAAUAGAAACUUAUUUAUCACUUCGUCCGAUCCAAUAGCUCAGAAAAUUGGCAGUAAAUUAGAAAAUAUUGAUGUCGCCGAGGAUGGUAUAAUGCAAGUGGAAAAAGGCGAAUUUGCAUAUUUUGAGAGUUUAGAGGAACUACGACGAUUGAGAUUUCAGCAUGAAAUGAAGCAAAGUCAAUUAUCACAAAAACUACACAUAAUGGAUGAAUGUGCUAUAAAUAUGCCGAUAAGCAUUGGAUUGGAUAAAAAUUCGCCAUUGAAAGAGAAAAUUGAUGAGAUUAUUCUGAGGCUUGCACAAGGAGGAUUAAUUAACAAGUGGUUCAAUGACGCAAUUCAAAGUUUCGUAUCAAGUGUUGAAGAGCCACCACAAGAGGCUCUUAUGGAUAUAAAGAAAUUCUUUGGUGCUCUCGUUGCACUUGGCGUUGGAUAUUUAAUUAGUAUAUGUGCAUUUCUUGGUGAAUUUGCUUACUGGGCAAUUUUUGUCAGACGUCAUCCAAAGUACGAUAAAUAUUAUAAGAGAAUCAUACUAGAUUGUGAAAUGGAAUCACUUAAAGUUACAAAACGUCGACGUCAUCAGAAUAAAAAGAAUCUGGCGAACAAAAGGAGUGCUUAUGCGUUUGCAAAAAAUAAAGUAUUAAGUCAGUAGGUCAUUGAAGCAAUUCUACAUACAUUUUGUGUUAUUGACAGCGUGUAUCACUCUGUAAAAAUACACAACAACAUGCUUU